UGUGCUCCCAAAAUUGGCUUGUCAUUUUCUCUCGUCGCUCGUUCUCUUGCUGUCGGGUUGCUGGCCCUACCGCGCACGGUGGUAUUCUGGAGAUAUACUGGCGUUGGUUUCGCGUACUGAGCCACCGCUGGAUUCAGCGCUAGAGACGUGGACGCGCAUUUUCCUUCUGAGCCUAGAGAGCGAGUGAUCUGGAUACAAAAUCACGGGUCCGAAGCCUUUUCUCCACAGCUUCACUCAGUAACCGGCAAAGGAUAUCCGACAUAUCGCUCAAAUCCUCGCAACGAGUCUUUCGGACGUUUCAGGCGACACUGAGGCACGGCUGUGGACGGAUCCAACCGUCACCUCAAGGUUUCGCGGGGUAUUUUAUUCCCUAACGGAGAUCGGUAUUGUCACAGGAAUUAAAGACUAUUUUAAGGUUACUGUCUGCAGUUUGCUGUCGCUGAGCGCAUCUGGACGCGACCAUUACUGUGGCUCCUAAGAUGUGGUGUAUGUGUCAUCGGAGAACUCAAUGGCUCUAAGGUGUGUGAGACGGAGCUGUAGUAGCCAGUCAGAGCAGAGGACAAUGGAGUUAUCAGGGGUCAUGUGGUCAACAUACCUACUCUUCCUCUUCGCCUUCUUCACGCCCGUCACGCUUGUGUGGAGCCGUGCUCCUGUGCCCAUGGCGGUGGUGCGGAGGGAGCUGUCGUGUGAGAGCUACCCUAUCGAGCUGCGUUGCCCCGGCACCGACGUCAUCAUGAUCGAGAGCGCUAACUAUGGCCGCACGGAUGACAAGAUCUGCGACUCGGACCCUGCUCAGAUGGAGAACACUCGCUGCUACUUGCCCGAUGCAUACAAGAUUAUGGGCUUCAGGUGUAAUAACAGGACCCAGUGCGCCGUGGUAGCAGGCCCUGAUGUUUUUCCCGAUCCAUGUCCUGGAACAUACAAGUACCUGGAGGUGCAGUACGAGUGUGUGCCAUACAAAGUGGAGCAGAGAGUCUUCCUCUGUCCUGGAAUCCUAAAGGGUGUGUACCAGAGCGAGCACCUCUUCGAGUCAGACCACCAGUCGGGCUCAUGGUGCAAGGACCCCCUGCAGUCAUCCAAUAAGAUCUACUACAUGCCCUGGACACCAUACCGCACGGACACGCUGACCGAGUACUACAGCAAGGAGGACUUCAUUGCCGGGCGGCCCACAACCACAUACAAGCUGCCACACCGCGUGGAUGGCACGGGCUUUGUGGUGUAUGACGGCGCGCUCUUCUUCAACAAGGAGCGCACGCGCAAUAUCGUCAAGUUCGACCUGCGCACGCGCAUCAAGAGCGGAGAGGCCAUCAUCGCCAAUGCCAACUACCACGACACGUCGCCCUACCGAUGGGGCGGCAAGUCCGACAUUGACCUCGCCGUGGAUGAGAACGGCCUGUGGGUCAUCUACGCCACUGAGCAGAACAACGGCCGCAUUGUGGUGAGCCAGCUGAACCCCUACACGCUGCGAAUCGAGGGGUCGUGGGACACCACAUAUGACAAGCGCUCGGCUUCUAACGCCUUCAUGAUCUGCGGCGUGCUCUACGUGGUGCGCAGCGUCUACGUAGAUGACGACAAUGAAGCCUCGGGCAACAAGAUCGACUACAUGUACAGCACUGAGCGGAGCCGCGAGACGCACAUCAGUGUGCCCUUCCCUAACUCCUACCAGUACAUCACCGCCGUCGACUACAACCCACGUGACAACCUGCUCUAUGUCUGGAACAACUAUCACGUCGUCAGGUACUCACUGGACUUCGGCAACAACGAGAAUCGCCUGGGCUUCGAUUCUCCCUCCUCUGUCCUGCUUCCCGACCAGCUUCCGCCAGCGCGCACCUCCACCUCUCGUCCACACCCUUACACGGGCACGCUUCGCCCUGCGCUCACUACCACGACCACCACCACCAAGGCCCCACCCCGCAGGAGCAAUGACGACAAUAACUUCCUCCUUGAGGUAGUGACUCGGCCACCUCCGUCGGCCAGGAUACCAGUUGCCACUGACUACUGUGCGUCGCGUCUCGCUGCUGAAAUCUCCUGGCCACAGACUCACCAGGGACAGGUCGCUAAGCAACCAUGCCCAUCUGGCACUAUAGGUGUGGCAACAUUUACCUGCAUGAUGGGAUACUGGGACCCAAAGGGGCCGGAUAUGAGCAACUGUACCUCACCGUGGACCAAUCACAUAACUCAAAGAAUGAGGUCAGGUGAGACGGCCGCUAUAGUGGCCCGUGAGCUGGCUGAGCAGACGAAAGCAGAGCUUCGUCCAGGAGAUGUCCCCUCUACGGUCAAGGCAAUGGCACAACUAGUGGAACUCCUGGAUGUGCAGCUCCGGAAUCUCACGCCUGGGGGGAAGGAUACAGCGGCACGCAGCCUUAACAAGCUCCAAAAGAGAGAGCGAUCAUGCCGAUUCUUCAUUCAGGCGAUGGUAGAGACGGUUAGUAACCUGCUGCAGGGCCGUUCUCAGGUGGCGUGGAGGGCGUUGUCGCCUGCCGAGCAGCUGCGCUGUGCCACCCUGCUGCUCGACACUGUGGAGGCUGCCUCCUUCAUGCUUGCCGACAAUCUGCUGAAGACUGACACUAUACAGGAGAGCGCUGAGAACAUCCAGCUGGAGGUGGCACGGCUGAGCACAGACGGCAACCUGGCAGACCUGACUUUCCCUCAGUUGGAAGCUUCCGGCAACUCCAUCCAUCUCUCAGCAAACACACUCAAACAGCAAGGACGCAACGGUGAGAUCCGCAUAGCUCUGGUCCUCUAUAAGAACUUGGGCCAAUACCUGUCGACAGAGAAUGCCAGCGUGCGACUGGGUAGCGAGGCCGCAUACCCCAACUACUCCCUCAUCGUCAACUCGCCCAUUAUAACAGCUGCAAUCAACAAAGACAGCAACAAAGUCUACCUGUCCGAACCUGUAGUCUUCACUGUCCGACACUUGCAGCAGUCGGAGGAGAACUUUAACCCGAACUGUUCAUUCUGGAGCUACUCCAAGCGCACCAUGUCGGGCUUCUGGUCCACGCAGGACUGCAGGCUGCUGGGAACCAACCGUACACACACCUCCUGCUCCUGCACUCACCUUACCAACUUCGCCGUGCUCAUGGCCCACGUGGAGGUCAAGAAGGCAGAUCAGAUGCAUGAGCUGCUCCUGGACCUCAUCACGUGGGUGGGGAUCCUGCUCUCCCUCGUCUGCCUGCUCAUCUGCAUCUUCACCUUCUGCUUCUUCCGCGGCCUACAGAGCGACCGCAACACGAUCCACAAGAACCUCUGCAUCUCACUUUUCAUCGCUGAGACGCUCUUCCUCACCGGCAUCAACCGUGCUGACCAGCCUAUCGCAUGUGCGGUUUUUGCUGCGUUGCUGCAUUUCUUCUUCCUGGCGGCGUUCACGUGGAUGUUUCUGGAAGGCGUACAGCUCUACAUCAUGCUGGUGGAGGUGUUUGAGAGCGAGUACUCACGUACCAAGUACUUCUACCUGACCGGAUACGGAGUGCCCGCCCUUAUCGUGGCUGUGUCGGCAGCUGUCGACUACCGUAGCUAUGGCACCGACCGAGUAUGCUGGCUUCGGUUAGACACCUAUUUCAUCUGGAGUUUUAUUGGCCCUGCAACUCUCAUCAUCAUGCUGAAUGUGAUUUUCCUCGGCAUUGCACUUUACAAGAUGUUCCACCACACUGCUAUUCUGAAACCUGACUCUGGUUGCCUGGACAACAUCAAGUCUUGGGUGAUAGGUGCUAUUGCUCUGCUUUGUCUGCUGGGUCUGACCUGGGCCUUUGGUCUCAUGUACAUCAAUGAGAACACGGUGAUCAUGGCCUACCUAUUCACCAUCUUCAACUCGCUGCAGGGCAUGUUCAUCUUCAUCUUCCACUGCAUCCUGCAGAAAAAGGUGCGUAAGGAGUACGGUAGGUGUCUUCGCACACAUUGCUGCAGUGGGAAGAGUGUGGAGUCGACAAUCUCCACAUCAACCAAAACUAACACAGCGCGUACACCUGGCCGUUAUUCCACAAACUCACAGAGUCGUAUACGGAGGAUGUGGAAUGACACUGUUAGGAAGCAGUCAGAGUCUUCUUUCAUCACAGGAGAUAUUAACAGCUCAGCGACUCUAAACAGAGGUACCAUGGCUAAUCAUCUCAUCUCUAAUGCACUGUUGCGUCCCCAUGGCACUAAUCCUUAUAACACACUGCUGGGAGAGUCUGCUGUGUACAAUAACCCCUCUGCAAACAUGUUCAACACACAAGCCUCCUACAGAGACUCAAAGGGCAUGUUGAACAACGCACGCGACUCCAGCGUCAUGGACACUCUGCCGCUCAACGGUAACCACGGCAACAGCUAUGGGAUGGCAGCGGGCGACUACCUUACCUACAGCUCCCAUGGCAGCGAGCCACCAACCACACUGGAGAAGAAGAUCCUGAAGGAGCUAACUGCAAACUACGCACCACCAUACCUGAGCACACAGGAGCGGCCAGGCAGCCUGAGCGCCAAGCUCAGCAACCACAUGGCCAAUGGCGGUGUGGCCAGCUCAGCGUCGGCCAUUGCCAAGGACGACGUCAUGGUGCUGGACAACCCAGGCGCCUUCCACCGGCACGAUGAUGCUGGCGGUCUGAGUCUGGAGAUCAUCAGGGAGGAGUCACAGGCACCGCUCUUGCCACCCAGGCCGCCACCCCCUGAUGGCCACGCCCCCCUGCACACGUUCUCCACUCACCGGCGCCUGCCACAGGAGAACAGUGAGAGCUUCUUCCCGCUGCUGCCGAGUGAGGCGCAGGCCGGCCCCCGUGCCCACUCGCCGCUCAGGGACUCAAUCUACACCAGCAUGCCCACGCUCACUGACCUCCCGCACGGCACCGAGGACCUCAUCAAUGGCCUCCAUGGCGAUGAGGACGAUGACGAGGAUGAUGAUGAGGAUGAUGACGAAGCGGAAGAGGAAGAGGAGGAGGAAGGGAGUGAGCUGAGGCUGGCCAAUGGCAAGGGUGUUGCUGUGGAUGUGGACGACGUGUACUACAAGAGCAUGCCGAACCUGGGCUCGCGCAACCACAUACAAGAACUGCAGAGCUACUACCAGAUGGGGCGGGGGGGUAGUGAUGGCUUCAUUUCCCCACCUGAAAAGGAGGAGGUAUCUCCUGAGGAGCAGCCACAAGACCCCUCCCACCUGGUCACGAGCUUAUAGACCUAUCCACGCCCACACUGCCUGUGGGCAUGUGUGUGAGCGUCUGAUGCAAUGCACAAGGCACGGGAACCACUACCUACUGCACUGAUAGAUCCCUAGAGAGUCUGAUACCAGAUAGCUACCCAAUGUACCAAUGAGAACCUGAACCCAAAAUGAGUUAGCACUAGUAACCACCUCCCGUUAGGACCAGUACCAAUGUACCCAUCUCCACAAAACCAAUUUGGUGUGUGUUGUCUACCUGUAAUACUCCACACAAGUUCCCAUUACAAGUGAAACCAUAGGUGGAGGACUUAACAGAUUCUCUUAAUUUUUUUCUCAUGAAAUGAAACCAUUAGACAUCUUGUAUGGCCUGGCAAACUGACCUGUUAGAUUGCACUGGGACAAAGUCUACUGAUGGACAUGGAAACCAGCAGGAGCCACGGAUUCCAAUCAGAUGUCUUUCCCUGGACCCCCCCCCCCCUCCCCACACACAACCACCCACCCACCCAAUCCACCGUCCCAAAAUCUCAUCCAUAUGCUGUCUGGCUAUCUUUGAAACUCCUUAUGGAUUGCUCCAGUGUGAAAAAGCAUACAGAACUGAUAGUGACAACCUAGUUGCCAUUUUAGAUGAUUACGUAUGUUGAUAAGACACUUACCUGGAUCUUGACCAUACCGAACUACAACCCUUGCAAAUACCCAUGGUUCUCUAGACUCCGGAGGGCGAUACUCUGCUGCACACAUUCCUUCCUGUUUAGCUCCAACAUUGUUUCUGAUUAUGAAAUCAAAACGAAGCAUCUAAUCUUUAAGACUGAGGAAGCAUCCUUUCUUUUCGUACUUUUAUUUUUCUGUAAUAUCAGCUAUUGAGAGGUAAUACGCACUAAUAACAAAGAAAUGGAACAGAUUUCUAUGUAAAAUGUACAGAGCUCUUGCAUUGCAAAUGAUCACACGCAUUUCAUGAUUUUGAUAUACUUUUCCUUGCAUAUGUGUUUGUGUAGAAUUUAGACCAACCCAGAAACUGUGCUGGUCCUCCAUGCUAUUACCCCCUAUUUCCACAAGGAGUGACCAAUCCCACACAACACACAUUCACACAGAAAAAUGUGAACACAUGCUCCUUCUUAUUUAUAACCAAAUAUAAUACAGUACCACCAUUCUUCAUAAUUUAAAGGCAUCAUCACUAAGGUUUCAUUUCCAAUGCAAAAUCAUUACCAUGUUUCCACACUGUGCCGAUUUUGUCCAACAGCAAGAAUGGAUGGCAUAAAGAAGUGCAGGUCCAAUGCUCCUGUUCCAAAACAGUUCUGUAAUGUUCCUUUAAUCACGGAUUCAAAUGUAGAUCACAUUGAAGUAAUAGACAUUCACUGGAUGCCCUAUGGGCAGGCAGAAUUUUUCCAUGUCUACUAAAAUAUGUUUAUCUACCAAUUCAGUCUUGAUGCAGGACAAGAAAAUAGAGGAAGGAAUUAAGGUGUAGGGACAGUUCCCCAGCAAGGUCUGUUGAGUGGAACACAAUUAAAAGUGUGAGGAAUACCUCUGAGUAAAAGAGAAGCCUUUUAAGAUAGGACCUGAUCUAGUGGUGAUGGAGAGGAAGCAACAUGGCUGUUUUUCCCCCCAAAGCCACUGUUUACUCUUUCUCAAAAUGAGGCUCUAGGUAAGUAGCUUGCACAUUUACUUCCUUUAUUUCCCAGAGAAGACUGACUUCCCAAGAGGUGCUUUCAUGGAUCUGAAUAAUCGGAUCGUCAGUGGGGGAGGGGAGAUUUAAAAAAAUCUGAUCGGCACUGAGACCUUUUUCAUUUUUUUUAUUAUUAUUACCAUCAAUAUUGUUAUUAUGAUUAUUAUGAUAUCUAUGGAAUUAUUAUUUAUUCUUUUCAUAUGCAUUCUAAAUUGAAUGAACUCAUAACUAAUAUUUGUUGUAACAGUGAAAGUUGUUUGCCAACAAAUAAAAUGACUGAAUUAAUAUUUAGAAUAUUUUGUUGAGGAUAAGUUUGAGUUUGUGAAUGUUGGCACAUUUGUACAUAUAUAGUUUAAGGGUGCAUUCAGCUUGGCAGCUUUGGUUCAAUUAAAACAAACCCUGGUGUGAUUGCUCUGUUCACAUAAUUUGUAAGAGCGAGUGAGAACUCUGCUUAUUGAACCUUGGUGCACACCAUAUAAGCCGUUGAUACUCCCCUGUAGCAGGUUGGUCUCGAUCCGCUUCUAAUCGAACUCUGACAUUGUUUGAAGUAUGAACACAGUACGGACCAAAGGUGCCAAAUGGACCAAACAAAGGAUGUGAUGUCAUAAGAUGUGAAGGAAUUCCUGGUGCUUCACGAGUGUUCAGCUGGUAAAAAUAUCACAAGAUAUACACAUCCCACACAAAGGCAUUUAUUAUUUUCAAAGUUUGGUUGAAGUGUGCAGUUAUUGUUGCAAAAUAUAAAAACUGCCCAAUCAGGACCACAUGAUGUUUUGAUUCAAUGGUGAAUGUCAGUGUGAACUAAAUUGCAACAAUGUAUUGUUUUCUGCUUUGCUCCGGACCAAUGGAACCAAACUACAAAUAUAAACGCACCCAAAAUGUGAAAAAAAACCAAAACAUAAUAUUGUAGUCUUCACGCAACAGAUUUGAAUUUUGAGCCUUUCUAAAGACUAUACACAUUCAUUCCUUAUAAUAAUGGUUGGUGUGGUCAUUAAUGAAUAUGCACAUUUGGCUGUAGCACAAGUGUAAACAUGGUGUAAUUACGAAUUAUUGAUUUCCAUGUCUUACCAUGCAAACAUACUCACCAGUCUGCAAAUACACCCAAAUGUCAGUCAG